GAGAAAUUAUGAUGUGAAUAUAUCGGAGGGCACCGGACACGUUAUGGUCGAGCUCAGCUGUUCAUUCAUCUCCACUGGCUGAAUGAGCAGCGGUGUCGUCCAACCUGCGCCGUCCCAUGGUUUAGGAGAGGAAGCUCAAGGUGUCCGGUGCAUGCAACCAUGCCUGUCUCUCUGCUAUGGGCAGUGGAUGUGUACGGGCGGGUCUACAGCCUGUCCACGGCGGGGCAGCUGUGGGAGCAGUGCCGCGACGCUCAGAUGGAGUUCAAGCGGGUGACGGCGGCUCAGCAGUGCUGCUGGGGCAUCGCCUGUGACAACAACAUCUACCUGAAUGUCCACGCUUCUGACCUGCCAGUCCGCUACCAAGAGGAGACCUACGAGAAUCAGCGAUGGAAUCCUGUCGAUGGUUUCUCGGAGCGUUUGUUGCCAAGCGACCGCUGGCAGUGGAGUGAUGUCACAGGUCUGCAACACCAGCCUCUGGGCAACUUCCGGCUUCCCUCCAGCAGCUGGGAGUGGGAGGGCGACUGGUACGUGGAUGAAAACUUUGAGGGUGAGCCCACAGAGAAAGGGGGAUGGAGCUACGCCAUUGACUUUCCCGCCACCUACACCAAAGACAAGAAGUGGAACUCCUGUGUCCGUCGCAGGCGAUGGCUCCGCUACAGGAGGUAUAAAGCCAUGGACACCUGGGCUAAGAUCCCCUCACAGCAGACGACUCUACCAGAUCCUUUCAGCGACAUCAGCUGUGGCGGCUGGGAGAUCAGUGAGGAGCCCAGAGGUCGGCUAUCACUGUGGGCUGUGUCCCUACAGGGAAAGGUGUGGUUCAGAGAGGGAAUAUAUCACCAUAACCCAGAGGGCAAUUUGUGGGAGGAGGUGCCUCUCCCCGGAGAGGUGGUCCAGAUCAGCUGUGGCCCGGGGGAUCUGGUCUGGGCGGUGCUGUGGGAGGGGCAGCUCAUUGUCAGGGAGGGCAUCGGCCGAGACUGCCCCAAAGGUACCUCCUGGGCUGUGGUGGACUCUCCCAGUCCUGAUGUAGGAGCCACACAUGUAGCUGUGGGUAUCAAUGUUGUUUGGGCUUUGACCAAGGACAACAAAGUGUGGUUCAGACGGGGCGUGAACUCCCACAACCCCUGUGGCUCCGGCUGGAUCAGCAUGGUUGGUGAAAUGAUCAUGAUCAACGUAGGACUCAACGACCAGGUGUUGGCUAUCAGCUGUGAGGAUCGGGCGGUGUACUUCCGACAAGGUGUGACCUCCAGCGAACUGAGUGGGAAGACCUGGAAGGCCAUCAACGUCCCCCGAGAUGGAGACAGAUCCCACUCCAGUGCGAGCGCAAACAGCCUGCAGAGUGCUGGAUGCUUCUUCUGUGGUGAGGUACGUGCUCAGUCAGCAGCAAGCGAUGUGGAAUCAGACACAGAGAAAGGAUCAACAGAUGGAACCAGCUGCCUCGUCACCUCCACCUCCCCAGAGUCCUUUGUUGAUGCCCCCACAGACCACUCUGACCAACCUAUGGAGACCCCCAAACCCCGAAUCCCCAAAGUCACCAGCGACAGCUUCAUCUCAGAACUCGUCUCUGACCGAGAACAAGCAAAGACCUCAAAAGAGGGCAGGUCUGCUGGCCCAGCUGUUCCAGAAGAGGAGACUUUCCCCGGGGAAGGAGAGGUCAAAGCCCCAUGUGCUGGCGAAGCUAUGUCCCCCAGCCAGUCUGGAGGUCCUCUCGACCCACAGUGGAGUAAUGUGGACCUGGAGGAGGCACAGGGCCAGCAGGCCCAGACCGGAGCAGCGCUGGACACAGCUGACACCUGUAGCUUGUCAUCAGUGGCCACAUACACUAUGGCCAUGGAGGACCCAUACGGGGUAGAUGAGCACCCUCUGUGGGCGUGGGUCAGUGGAGGAGGCUGCUCUGUGGACAGUCACUCCCAUCUCAACUGGUUCAACGGCUCAAUUAACACUUCAUCUUUGGUCCAGUCAGUCCAGUCCAUGAGUCUGUCUGUCACCCCAGCUCAGACGGCAGCCUGGCGGAGACAAAUCUUUGAGCAACUGAGUGAGAGGACCAAAAGAGAGAUGGAUAAUUUCAGACAUUAUGAACAAGCCAUAGAGCAGUCUGUGUGGGUGAAGAAGGGAACCAUGCAGUGGUGGAGAGACUGGAAGCCACACAAGUGGAUAGAUGUCCAUUUUGCCCUGGAGCAGUUCUCAGGCCCAGAGGGCAACAAGGAUGGCAUCCUUUUCAUCUAUUACAACUUUUAUGAGGAGAAGAAGUACCUGCAUGCCUUCAUCAACGAGGUCACCAUCCUGGUCCCUGUGCUAAAUGACUCCAAACACACCUUUGCCAUCUACACUCCUGAGCGGACCAAACAGAGGUGGCCAAUCAGAUUGGCAGCUGCGACAGAGCUCGAGAUGCAUGAUUGGCUGGCGUUGUUGAGCGUGUCAUGCUGCGACUCAAGGAGGAUCCAGGGUCCUCCCUCCAAGCAGGCCAUCUGGUCAAUCACCUGCAAAGGGGACAUCUUUGUCUGUGAGCCCUCUCCUUGUCUGGAGGCCAUGCCUUACCCCACGCCCUGCGACCAGAUGUUCUGGCGGCAGGUUGGAGGUCACCUACGUGUGGUGGAGUGUAACAGUGUUGGCAUAGUGUGGGGGAUCGGCUAUGACCACACUGCCUGGGUCUACACGGGGGGCUACGGAGGGGGCUUCUUCCAGGGACUGGCCAGCAGCACGGAUAACAUUUACUCACAGACGGAUGUCAAGAGUGUCUACAUAUAUGAGAACCAGAGGUGGAACCCUGUCACCGGCUACACCAACAGAGGGCUACCUACAGACCGCUACAUGUGGAGUGACGCAUCAGGACUACAUGAGUGCACAAAAACAAAUAUGAAGCCUCCCUCCCCACAGUGGACAUGGGUGUCUGACUGGUCUAUUGACUACAGCGUCUCAGGGGGGACAGACAGAGAAGGCUGGCAAUAUGCAGCCGAUUUUCCAGCGUCAUAUCACGGCCAUAAAACGAUGAAGGACUUUGUGCGUCGCAGGCGAUGGGCCAGGAAGUGUAAAUUGACCACUACAGGACCCUGGCAAGAAAUUCCACCUAUACCACUGAGCGAUGUGACCAUCCUGCCAUGUGCAGCUCAGAGCAGCGUGGACGUGGUUCCUCUGUGGGCCAUCAGCAACAAGGGAGACGUGCUCUGCCGCCUGGGAGUCAGCGCACUGACACCUGCAGGAUCCUCGUGGCUCCACGUUGGAACCGACCAGCCUUUCAAGUCCAUCUCCAUCGGGGAUGCCAGCCAGGUUUGGGCCAUCGCUCGGGACGGCUCUGCCUUUUACAGGGGAUCUGUCUCCGCACAGAGGCCAGCAGGAGACUGUUGGUACCACAUCCCCUCCCCAUCCAAACAGAAGCUGAAGCAGGUGUCUGUUGGGAGGACAUCAGUCUACACUGUAGAUGAAAAUGGUAACCUGUGGUACCGGCAUGGUGUGACCCCCAGCUACCCUCAGGGCUCCUCCUGGGAACACAUCUCUAAUAACGUACGCAAGGUCUCUGUAGGGCCUCUGGACCAGGUGUGGAUCAUAGCAGACAAGGUGCAGGGCAGCCACAGUUUGAGCUGUGGAACAGUGUGCCAUCGACUCGGAGUCCAACCUAUGGAGCCUAAAGGACAAUCGUGGGACUACGGCAUUGGGGGUGGGUGGGACCACAUCACAGUGAGAGGGAACUCCAUGGAGCCGCCGCGGGUCCGUCUUCCCUCUCUAACAGACCCAUCUGUCCCAGCCCCUCGGAGCCCCCUCCCUGUCAGGAACACAGAGGUCAACAGCCAUGCUGUGGGAUGAGCGACGUGCACACACACUGUACAGAGCCAUCCUCAACCAUAUUACCUUUAUAGUCAUCCUUUGUAGAUAGUUCUAGUCUUCACAUCACUGCAGUGAGUGUUACAGAAAGUUGUCACUUUUGGAUACUUAGAACAAUCUUCAAUGCUGAGCUGUGUUUCAUUUUUUCUGACAUUGUUUUUUUCUCUUUGUUUUUGUUCACUGGCAUUGAACUUGAUGGUCUUAAGAGUUUUCUUUCUUAUUUAUUCGUCAGGAUGUGAUGUUUCUGUGUAUGGAUUAUCACAUUGAAGCUGGAGGUGGAAGGGAUGUUUUCCAAAGGUUUUUUGUUGUUUUUUUAAGGAAAAAUUUGUGUAUUUAAUGACAGCUGCUUGGCUGCUGAACUGUCAGCUCCAGGGCUCGUAUUGCGUACAAAUAGAAAUGAUGCGUCACCUUAACCUGCAGGCAACAGGUUAGCACAUGUUCCAAUAGAGUAAAGCCUGAUUACUGUGGAAACAGAAGAAAAUGGUAACUGGAUAGAGAAAAUGUUUCAUCCAGGCUUCACUGGCUCCCUCUACUGUCUGACACACUCCUGUAAAAAUGUACACCACACACUGUAGAGAAGCACAUAUGCAGCAUCUGUUGGUGUCAAAUUUCAUAGGUUUGUGAAAGGACCUCUUGAAGCCUAAAUUUGAAUUUACUGAGUGCAAUGAUCCUGUCAAUUGGAGCCAAAUCCAAUUUAGGGUAAUGUGGUGAAACCUGUGUGAAGCUGAGUUUGGAUGGGCGAGGAGCAGCCUGAGUGUUACAAGCUGUAAAUUAAGACAAAAGCUCCAAAGUGGAGACUUUUCUGUAAGGGUUAGUUAGUUUUAAUGGUACAACUCAGACUUUUAACGUCUUAAGACACCACUCGUGUGGUGGUUGCCGCUCGCCACAUACGAACAGCUGAGCGACAUUUUUAUUAAGGACUUGAUAUUUUGUGAAAAAUGUUGUCAUUAUAAUGGUACUGUCUUGGAGUAUGUGCAAUGGUUGGCGAUGUAAACAAAGCAAAAGUGGAUUUUUUGUAAGAGUCUUGUGGUUGAAAUGCUAAAACUGAACCUUCCUCUUUCUCAGGAGAAUGUUUGCAUUUGCACGCCGCCAACUUCCUUUGGACUCAUGGUAGAAUGACUGAGCAGUGACAAAAAAAGCUGAACACUAUAUUUUUGUUAGAAAUCUGUAAGAUAUUAGGGUAUUAGGGUAUUAGUAUUUUACACUAAGCAUAGUGGUAAUAUAAUAUGGUGGGGUCAUGUUUGUACAUUUGACAAAGAACAAUUCAUUCAAACUGCAGUUUUCCAUUAACAAAUAUUCAUAAAUUGCACACACCGAUGAAUUGCAUCCAGUCAAUCCAGUCAGUUCAUUUAUGUUAACAGCUGCCCAAAGUCCCCCAUAUCAUCAUAUACUGUCUAAAUAUGAUGCAGCAUUUGGAAAUGCUGCAUGUGUACAGAGAUCUGUCUGUAUUAUCUGUGAAUAACAUCAUACUGUGUGACUAACACAUCAGUGCUGUUGACAUCGUGGAGUACAUUUUUGUGUACACAAGUGUUGUGCAUGGUCAAAAUAACAGCCCUUGUCAAUAAAUAAAUGUGUUUAUUGAUAAUAACUC